AUGGUUCCGCUCAUCCAGCAGAAAGCCCCGGAGGGCAUCGAUCUCUACGCUCGCUUUGCGGUCGCCGGUGCACUGGGGUGCUCAGUUACCCACGGCGCUUUCACACCAGUCGAUGUCGUCAAGACUCGGAUCCAACUCGACCCCGCGACCUACAACCGCGGCAUGAUCGGCGGGUUCCGCCAGGUCAUCCAAAACGAAGGCGUACGCGCUCUCGCAACAGGCUUCGGUCCCACCUUCGCCGGCUACUUCAUGCAAGGCGCCUUCAAAUUCGGCGGCUACGAGUUCUUCAAGAAACAAUCGAUUAAUCUGCUUGGUCUGGAAAAGGCGCGCCAGCAUCGCGCGGCUGUGUACUCGGUUUCUGCGGGUUGUGCCGAGUUCUUUGCUUCGAUUGCGCUGUGUCCGCUUGAGGCGACGCGGAUUCGCUUGGUGUCGACGCCGGGGUUUGCUAAUGGAUUGAUUGGUGGGUUUGGGAAGAUUCUGAGGACAGAGGGUGUCGGGGCUUUUUACUCGGGUUUUGGUCCUAUUCUUUUCAAGCAGGUCCCGUACACAAUCACCAAAUUCGUUGCUUUCGAAAAGAUUUCCGAAGCCAUUUUCGCUCUUUUUGACAAGUCGACUAUGUCAAAUGGUGCUCAGACCACUGUCAAUCUGGGUUCUGGUCUUCUUUCCGGUUUCGCUGCUGCUAUUGUGUCACAGCCUGCUGAUACCAUGCUGUCCAAGAUUAACAAGACACGAGGUCUUCCUGGUGAGAGCACCGUCUCGCGUUUGAUCAAGAUUGCUGGAGAGCUGGGCAUCCGGGGUUCAUUCACGGGCCUUCCUACUCGUCUUUUCAUGGUGGGUGGUCUUACUGCGGGUCAGUUUGCUUUGUAUGGAAGUAUCAAGAGAGCGUUGGGUGCUACCAGUGGCGUUGAGAUUGCCAAGUAG